UUUAUUCACAGCUGUAUUUUAGUGCAUUCAAACUAUACACAUGUAUUGUCUAAAGAAUGGCAAAGCAAGCAAUUUAGAAGAAUAAAGUUCUACAUGCACAACAUUGAUGAGACCAUCAAAAGCACAAUGAAUUCUUAGAGAUCAAUUUACAAGCUACAAGUGAGAGCUCACCUUUGGAGACAUUCAAAGACAAGGAAGGAAGUGCUAAUAUAUUAUAAUGUAAAAGAUGAAUCCAUAUUUUAUCAGGCUAUGGUCUAUAUUAUGGUUGUUUAUGCUUUUAUUUUAUUGAUCAGCAGAAUAGUUUAUCUAUAUAUAAAAGUGAAAGGUAUAUGUAUAUAAAUAAAUAAAACCUUUUUUCUGCUCUCCGACACCAGGGGAGACUCCUGUUGGCCUGCCUGCCGCUCUGGGAUCAGCCUUUUACGUCUAAACAGUGAUCGAAAGGCCUAACAAAAGACUCCAGAUCAGCCCAACAGCGUCACCGACUCGGUUCCUCAACUGCUGCGCGUCAUCAGGAAUUGCUCACGUCAAUUGACGCGCGGGCACUAAUGUCCCGCAGCGAUUGGUCGAGAUGACCCGUCGCGGCACGCCACUCAAACCGAGGAGCCAAUCUCAACGCGCGCUGGCCUCUUUGUUCCCUCCCGCCGGGUGCGUGACGCAGAGGGUCACGUGUUGUUUGUGCUGUGGCCCCAUAGAGAUGUGUACAGGGGGAGAAGGGAACGGAAUGCUAACCAUGCUAGCUAGAUCCUCCCGAUUAUAGGACCCGCGGCUGAGCGUGGUCAUGCUGCACACGGUGGCACCUAUUUCGUGAUGAAAGUCCGCCUUGGAUAACCUCGCUUCCGGAAGGAAAAGGGACGAAGGGGACUGUGUAUUUAUUUUAUUUUUUUAGACCGAGCAACAAGAGCCGGUUUCGGCAGGAUUCGGAGCCCGUGCCGAGUGAACGUUAGCUGGCCUAGCCGGACUCGGGAGCUCGUCUCUUAAAAAAAAAAAAAAAAACAAGAAAAGAAAAAACCAGAAUGGGGUCUAGGUCCACUCUGAUUAGCUCGCUGCCAAAGUGACCUUUGAUUGAGUUCUCCGAUGGCAAAUUUUACGAACUACCAGGAGGGCAAAGCGGCGAUGCUGCUGGUGGAGACGCAGCAGCGGGACGUGGGGCCGAAGUCGGCGGCGGCGAACGGAGACGGGGAACCCCCGUCCCCGGUAAUCAACCUCGGCGGCGGCGGCUUGCGCUUCCAUCAACAUUUACCGCCCUCCAACCCGCUCCACCACCACCACCACCUCCUCCUCCACCAACAACCGCCAAAGGAUCCACCGCAUCACCACCAGCUGGCCCCGCAGCAGCAGCAGCAGCAGCAUCUUUCCGGGGAGAACAGCGCCGAGUCGCCGGGAAGGAGAGCCUCCCCCUCGCCGCUCAGCCAGGCGCCAGCCGCCGAGGACCAAGCGGCCAGCAGCGGCGGCAGCAGCGGCGGCGGCCAUGUAUACGCGGCAGCGAGCGUCGCCGGCCCCUCGGACGCCGUGGACGACAUUCGCAAGUGCGGCUACCUGCGGAAGCAGAAACACGGACACAAGCGGUUCUUCGUGCUGCGGGCCGCCAGCCACCUCGGCCCCAGCCGCCUGGAGUACUACGACAGCGAGAAGAAAUUCCGGAGCAGCCGCCGCGCCGCCGCCGCCGCCCCGGCAGCGGCCUCGAGCGGCGGCGGCGGCGCGCCGGGCGCCGCCUCCCCUCCCAAGAGGGUCAUUUACCUCUACCAGUGCUUCACGGUGAACAAGAGGGCGGAUUCCAAAAACAAGCACCUCAUCGCGCUGUACACCAAGGACGAGUACUUCGCCAUCGUGGCGGAGAACGAGCCGGAGCAGGAGGACUGGUACGUGGCGGUCAGCGAGCUGAUGAGCGAGGGCAAGAAGGGGCACGUGGACUCCGACGACCUGGACGACGGGUACGGGACGGUCACGCCUGGCACGGUGUUCAAGGAGGUGUGGCAGGUGAACGUGAAGCCCAAAGGGCUGGGGCAGACGAAAAACCUCACCGGCGUUCACCGGCUGUGCCUCUCCACCAAAACCGUUCACCUGGUGAAGUUGAACUCGGAGACCCCCUGUGUCAACCUGCAGCUCAUGAACAUCCGGCGCUGCGGACACUCGGAGAGCUUCUUCUUCAUCGAGGUGGGGCGCUCCUCCUCCAUCGGGCCCGGCGAGAUAUGGAUGCAGGUGGACGACUCCGUGGUGGCCCAGAACAUGCACGAGACCAUCUUGGAGACGAUGAAGGCCCUGAAGGCUUUCGCCGAGUUUCGGCCCCGCAGCAAGAGCCAGUCGUCGGGGUCCAACCCCAUGCCGUUCAUCACCACGCGGCGCCACCUGGGCAACCUGCCGCCGAGCCAGACGGGGCUGCAGCGGCGGUCCCGGACGGAGUCGGUCGUGGGCACGCCGCCGUCGAGCAAGAGCUCCGGAGCCAGCGGGUAUCGCUUCAGGACGUCUAGCGAGGGGGAGGGGACGAUGAACCGCCCCUUCCGCUCCGCCACGGGGAGCCUGGUGCACCUCAACACCACGCGGGCCCCCCACGGGCGCCAGGAUGGCGGCGGGGGCGCGGUCGCCACAGGAAACGCCGGCACGAGCACGGGCGCCGGCCGCUACGUCAGAGCCGUCGCCGGGGUGGCGUCCGCCUACCACGCCCGCUCGGCCUCGCUGCCGGUGUCCCACUUCCCCUCCACCACCAGCCCGGUGAGCGUGUCCUCCAGCAGCGGCCACGGCUCCGUCUCGGACACGCUCACCCGCCCGUCCAGCGCCUCCAUAUGCGGCUCCCCGUCCGACGGCGGCUUCAACUCCUCCGACGAGUACGGGUCCAGCCCCGGCGACUUCCGCUACUUCCGGGUGCGGAGCAACACGCCGGACUCCCUCGGCAACACGCCGCCCAUCAGAGAGGAGAACUGCCUGAACGACUACAUGGCCAUGGGCUGGAACCGGGAGGUCUUCAGCACCAGCGGCGGCGGCGACGCGCCGCGGGACGAGAGCACGUCCACCACGGAGGACGAGCGCUAUCCGUCCUCCUCGUCGUCCCUGAGGAGACGGGCGCACUCCUUCUCCAGGACGGUCGGCGGCCUGACCGGCGGCUCCGGGGUGGCGGUCUACCAGAAGAUGACCCAGACGCACUUGUCGCUGGAGGAGGGGUCGGACGCGGCGCUGCCGUUUGGCGGCGGGCUGCUCCGCGGCGGGCCGUCCUCCUCCUCUUCCUCGCUGCGCUCCGACUACAGCUCCUGCUCGGAGCACAGCCAGCAGAGCCGCCCCUCCACCCUCCCCCGGACGGAGGCCGGCGGCGAGCGCCCCCUCCUCUCCUCCUCCGCCAGGGAAGACAGCGGCUACAUGCCCAUGUUAUGUGGCGUGGCGCCCGCGUCGCCUCGGGACACGCCCCCCGACUACAUGCCUAUGCAGCCCGGCUCCUACGCUCCCCCCGUCUCCCAUUCCCCCCAGUUCCACAGUCCGGCCCUCGGCCCCCGUUCGGCCCCCCACCAACCGCCCCCCUCCCAAACCUCCGCCGACGCCCACGGCUACAUGAUGAUGCUCCCGGGGCGCGGCGGCUGCUCGCCCUCCCGCAGCCCCCACGCCGCGGCCGACAGCAUAGCGGAGAGGCCCGAGAACGGGGAGUACAUGGACAUGUCGUGCUGCGGCGGCGGGCACAAGGCCUCCGACGAGGGGAGCGGCGGGUACCUCACGCCCGAGGGCCCCCCCAAGUCGUACAGCCCUUACUUCUCCCUCCCUCGCUCCUACAAAGCCCCCACCAGAGAUGAGCGAGCGUACGCCGACUACGUUCCCAUGAGCUCGCCCGCCAAGCCCGUCUAUUCGUCUGUGGCAACGGCGUCCGCGUCGACAGCGGAGGAGAGGACGGGCAGCAGCGCUUCAGCUCCUUCUCACCCCCCCCCGCCCUACGGGGCUCACCACGCCACCGCUGCAAUGGCCGACCAACACGCCGCGAGGCCCAACCGCCUCCCCCUGGGCAGGAGGAGUCUCCACGGCCCCCCGCGGGCCGGUGAGGCGCCGGCCGCCGGCUCAUCCGAGGGGCCCUCCAGCCCCGGGGAGUACAUCAACAUCGAGUUCGGGGAUCACUACCCCCACCAGCAGCAGCCCCCCGCCUAUCCGCUCUCGUCCCAGGACGACGCCCCCUGCCUGGACCGCCGCCACUCCCCCCACCAGGACUACAUGAGCGUGGACGUGGCGGCGGGCCAGCGAGACGGCGCCGGGUGUCUGGGCAAACAGCCGUCCCCCCGACCCAGCCUGGUCGCCCCCUGGAACCCCCCCAGCUACAUCCGCCCCCUGGCCGCCAACCCCGGGGCGCCGGCCUCCCCCGGAGGUCACUGGAGGUCGAUGGGGGACGACUACACGGACAUGACGUUCAACCUCAGCAGGGGGGAGCAGACGCAAGCGAGCCCCACGGCCGUGCUGCAGCACCUCUGCGUGAUGGAGGGCCGCUACGGCCACGCCCCCCCCGCCUCCCCCCCCUCCGCUUCUCCCCCGCCGGCGCCACAGCCGGAGCCCAAGGUGGUCCGCGCCGACCCCCAAGGCCGGAGGAGGCACAGCUCGGAGACCUUCUCCUCCACGUCCUCCGCCACCUCGACCCCCUCCGCAGGAGGAGGAGGCCCCCCCCCCUCGUCCGCCCACCCGACGCAAGCCGACCCCGCGGCCCCCAGCGGUUCGUACCUAUCGGAAGGUCCUGUGUCCAGGUGGGCCAGCUCGGCGUCUUUUGACAGCACGUGGGUGUCCAUGGAGGGUCUGGGGGACUUGCCGCCCCCCCACCCCCCGGUCAGAGCCAUGCAAAUGGGCCCGGCCGGCGUGACCCCCCCCUCCUCGGGGGCCAGCAGGAUGUGCAGGAACAUAUCGGUGGGCUACCAGAACGGGCUGAACUACAUCGCCCUGGAGCUGAGGGACGACGGGAGCGGCGGGGGGGGGGGGCGCCGGCACCAACGCGAGCUCGGCGGCGGCGGCGGAGAACGGCGCCUACGCCAGCAUAGACUUCACCAUCUCUGACCGCGUCACCACGACAACGGAGGACUGACGGCUUGCUGGAGGUUCCCCUCUUCCUCCUCCUCCCCCCUCUUCAUCAUCUCUACUACUUGACUCUGCCUGAGGCCUUCAGGCCCCUCCCCCUCAGCCGCCACCGCCGUUGACCUCUGACCUCUUCAGUCUCUUCAGAAACGGAGUGGAUUUAUGGAAGUGUAUGUCCUCGUUUCUUUUUCUUCUUUGUGUGUUUUUUAUAUGCAUAUCUUUGUUCGGUUUCAUUUUUUUAUCACAAUGGAUGCUGGCAGUGGGCUGUAUAUUUUUUGGGGAGGGGGGGCUUCUCCAUACGGUAUUAAAAAGGGAGGCUGGGUACAAAGAAAAGGCAUUAUGUUACAAGUCCUUCCUCCACGGUACCAAACAGCUGGAGGACACUAUGUACUUUUAUUUUUUUAAUGGAUUACUCCCUCGGUACAACAUUGAUUAUUUAUUUGUUGCAAUAGGUACAAAAUACUCGGAUACAUUUCUUGGGUCGACUCCUGCAGGCCGCUCCGUGUUUUAAAGGGAUAGUUCAACCUUUUUAUCUUAUUUUAGCCACUUGGCAGAAACGAAGCGAUCCGAUGGAGGCUACGUUAGCCUCGUUAGCUCGUUUAAUGGUUACCAUUCAUCCACCAAUUGCUGGAGCGUCGUUGCUCAUCCUCCCCCCCCCUCCCCCCACCCCCCCUCCUCUGAGAAAAUGCUAAGCUAACUAGCAGCGUGGACCUUCUCGUCCAGCAGAACUAUCCCUUGAAGAUGAAUAAACCAGUAAUGGAAGCGGCCUGCAGGGGACUAAGCUCCUCGGGCGCGUCUCAGUUUUACCUCACAAGGUCCGUCGCACAAUUCAGGUGAGCGAGGGACAGCAGCAGCAGACACACACACACACACACACAGACACACAUACACACACGCGCACACACACAUGCAAGCACAGGCACACACAUGCAAUGCUGUGAAAGCUAAAAAAGCACAAAAUACAAACAUCAACACUGGGAUGCAAACACUAGGACUGACGCACACACACACACACACACACACACACGCAGCAGGUCAUGUGUAGGGGGGGCGGCGCUGGGCUCCCAUUCGGGCUCUUUGUCAGCGGGUGUUGGUGACGCAAAGAGGUUUCCAGUAACCAGAGCUGCAGGUGCAGCGCGCUGCUCACACACACACACACACACACACACACACACACACACACACUCUUGUACGCCUUCAUUUAACAUUUGUACUCCGUGCUCAUAAAAACACUUUAUUUUUGGUGGUGCAGCAGUCCGAAUGCUAUUUUUUUUACUUUAUUGAAUAAAAGAUUCAUAAAGAGGCGUUGAGCUUCUGUUACUUUCUUUCAUCUGACGACGUCGUCUCGUAGCCCCUCUCGGGUCGUCCGGGGGGGGGGAGACACAAAAACAACCUUUGAGCCCAUAACAUUUCACAUCCCCCCCCCCCCCCCCACUAAAGGGACAGGUAUAUUUUAGAUUUGGUACUUUACAAACAUUUGGCGAUUACAUUUUUUUCUUUUGUUGCUUUACUUUUUUUUUUCUUGAACGGUUCACUAAACGACGUUGGAUCUCGAUGCCUCCGUUUGUUUGAAUUAUUCCUCUUGAGAUAAAAAGGCCGAAUGUUUUGUGACUGAAUUCACAAAGAAUCUUUAUUUUGGCAACGAUUCGACCCAUAAAAGUCCAGUGAUGUUGUUUAGUGAUGAAGGAGCUGCAUCCUUAUGCAAACUAUGGUUUCUGUCUUCCUCUGAUCUGUUGGUUCUUUUUGUAUUCUAGUUUACAGAUGGGGGGGGGGGGGGUUAAAGCAUCCUUUUCUUAAUGUAAAAUGAAGCAUUAGUAGUAUUUUUUUCCGUUUUCUUACAAAGGCAUUUUGCAGUUAUUUGUAUAAAGAAAUGGGUCACGACCUCUGCCCCACGUUUAUUUUUUUGUAACUAUAUUACAGUUUAUUUGCUGCUGUGUAGUAACAAGUUAACGGUUGAAGACGAUGCCCCCCCCCCCCGACCCCCCCUCCAAAGAGGAUGAACAAAGUGAGCGUCUCCUCAUGUAAAUACUUGAAAAUCUCAAGUCCUUGCUUUUUUUUCUGUUUCCCUGGCGCCCCCCCCCCCCCAUCCUGAUUGGUUGUACUUCUUUCUGGGGGGGGGGGGGGGUACACAGAGGUGUUUUGAGCAUCAGCAUAGUGUUUAUAUUUAUCAAGAGUUUUUUGCUUUCGAUAGCGCUAUUGCAAUAAAAAUGUGUUCAUGUA